AUGGACACAGUCACCGAGCACUCAAUGGCAAUUCACAUGGCACUACUAGGUGGCCUAGGUGUAAUACACCACAACUGCUCCAUAGAAGAUCAAGCAGAAAUGGUGCGAAAAGUUAAGAGAUUCGAGAACGGAUUCAUUUUAGAUCCCGUCGUGCUUUCGCCGAAGACGACGGUAGGUGAAGCCAAAGCAUUGAAAGAAAAGUGGGGGUUCGGAGGCUUUCCUGUGACAGACGACGGCCUUCUUCGAUCCCGCCUUGUUGGCAUCAUCACCUCUCGCGACAUCCAAUUCCACUCUGACCUUUCCGAUCCAGUGACCGAGGUCAUGUCCACAGAUCUAGUAACGGCCAAGGAGGGAACAGACCUGACACGAGCUAAUGAGGUCUUGUCCAAGUCUAAAAAAGGAAAAUUGCCCAUCGUAGACGCAUCAGGAAACCUCAUCUCCCUGCUAUCACGCUCCGAUCUUAUGAAAAAUCUGCAUUACCCUCUUGCCUCCAAACAGCCAGGCUCGAAACAGCUGAUUUGUGCUGCGGCGAUAGGCACCCGACCAGAGGACAAGGAACGGCUUCAAAAGCUUGUUGAUGCCAAUCUUGAUAUUGUGAUCCUUGACUCCUCACAAGGCAACUCAAUCUUCCAAACAGAUAUGAUAAAAUACAUCAAAAACACUCACCCUAGGCUCGAUAUCAUAGCAGGUAAUGUCGUCACAGUCGCUCAAGCCGCGAACCUCAUAGCAGCUGGAGCGGACGGGCUUCGCAUAGGUAUGGGCUCAGGAUCGGCCUGCAUAACGCAAGAAGUCAUGGCUGUGGGAAGGCCACAGGCUGCAUCGGUAUUCAACGUUUCCGCCUUCGCAGCAAAGUUUGGGGUUCCUUGCAUCGCAGACGGUGGGAUUCAGAACGUGGGCCAUAUCGUGAAAGGACUUGCGCUUGGUGCGUCAACAGUCAUGAUGGGUGGUCUGCUCGCCGGAACCACAGAAUCACCGGGAAAUUAUUUCGUUAGCAGAGAAGGCCAAUUAGUCAAAGCAUACCGGGGCAUGGGCUCCAUCGAUGCCAUGGAAGACAAAAAGGCGGGUGCUGGCAAGGCCGCCGGAUCUAAAGCGAGCAAUGCGGGCACAGCUCGGUAUUUCAGCGAGGGUGAUCGGCUAUUGGUUGCUCAGGGCGUUUCAGGCUCCGUGUUGGAUAGGGGAAGUAUUACGAAAUUUGUGCCCUACCUGCUGGCGGGUUUGCAGCAUAGCCUGCAAGACAUUGGCUCGAAGAGUUUGAGUGAUUUGAGGGAAGGCGUGAGGGAGGGGAACGUGCGCUUUGAAUUGCGGACUGUGAGCGCACAGGCUGAGGGAAACAUUCACUCCAUGCAUUCUUAUGACAAAAAGCUCUACUCAUAA